UUGUUUUUGUUUCAUAUAUUCAUAUGGAACCAAUUAGAGAAAGUGAUGAAGAGCACAACUCCAACAUUAAUAAUUCAUCACAAAACUCAACAAAAUCAUUUGGAAAAAAGUGUAGUCAUAUAGCAAAGAAGCAAAGGGCUAAGUUUUAUAUUGUAAGAAGAUGUAUUGCUAUGCUUGUGUGUUGGCAUGAGAGGAAAGAAUGA